AUCAGAAGCCGCCUCAGUAGUGACUUGGUAGCCUAACUUGCAAUUGCAAAAAAUGGGGUUGCUUGACCACCUCUGGGACGACACCGUCGCCGGUCCCCGUCCGGAUACCGGCCUCGGAAAACUCAGAAAACACCCUACUUUUAGCUUUCCAUCCAACUCCGCCAACGAAGUUGAAAGCAACAUGGGAGGCGACGAUGCAACGAGAGUGACGAGGCGUAUAAUGAUCGUGAAGCCGCCGCAGGCCAGCCAGAAAGACUCGCCGCCGGUUUCCCCUGCCGGAAGCACCCCACCGGUAUCCCCUUUUGGCGGAGGAGGGCGAUUCAAGCGGAGGUCGUCAUUUUCAUUUGAGAAGGCUAGUGGAGUGGGACCAAGGAGCCCUCCUCCUCCCUACGACCUCUGAGACUAUGAGACCUUCUUUCUUCUCUUCUCUAGCUAUGACCUAUGUGUGCUGCAUGCUGCAUGAGUGUGGGAUUGUUGUGAGAGUUUUGUAUAUAUUCUCCUUUGUAUGUGUGCUUAUGAGUUAAGUAGUAUAGAUGAGCAUACUCAGUCUCAUGAGUUCAAUGUUGUUUGUCAUGUACCAAACUCUGUAUGCCACUUUCCUUAGUUGCAUCUACCGGUACUUUUACUACUA